GAGUCAGUGAUCAUUCCUUGCUUUAUUCUGUUUGACGCAGGCGUCUAUAUCAACUUGUUACUGACUGAACAAUAUUGGAAAACAAAACCGGUAGUUAAGAUCUGAAUAUACAAGAAUGGAAACUAGCAACUGUUGUGAUGUUUUGCUGUGUUAUAUAUGUGCCCAUAUCCUCGUGUUGUUAUGCUUCAGUCGUGUAUUUGUCAAUGGAGACCAAGCGAUUUACGUCACAAAUGACACGUGCGGGAAGAUAAUUUCAUUUGCAUCGACGGAUGUUAUACAUUUUCAUUAUGACGGUAGCAAAUGGUACGACGAAGGUGGACAUCAUUUCCGAAGAUGUGAGAUCAAGAUUUCCAACAAACAUAAAGAUACAGAGUUAUGUAUUGCAUCACCGUAUUCAAGAUACACUUCGGAAUGGAUUUACAAGUGCACAGCAAGGUUCCAUUUCAGCUUCAGAUAUUACGUAUUGCCGUGCUUUGAAUAUACGUUCAAAGAAAACUGCGAAAACUCCGAGGAAGCGUUGGCUGUCUUCUUUUACCCUGUCGUGUUCAAAGAGGGUGAUUUCGAAAUAAAGAUUUACACCCGGUAUAGAGCUCCUACCACAACUUGGCACUACGAUUCUGGGGGUGAUAGUGGUAACAACAACAACUAUAAUGAUGAUGAUGAUGAUGAUGAUGGUGCGGAAACUAGUUUUUCGAGUUGGGGCGUGGCAUUUGCGAUAGUUGCUGUUUUCGUCUCUUUCUGCGCAUGCUUAUGCAGAGUUAGUAGAAGUCGAAAUUCGUCAGGCCAGAAUGUUGGUACGGACGGGCUAUCCCACGAGCCUUUUCAAGUAGAUAUGCCGGUUAUUCCAAGAUCAAAUUACCCUCCCCCGUCAGGUCAGAAUGUUGGUACGGCCGGGCUAUCCCACGAGCCUUUUCAAGUAGAUAUGCUGGUUAUUCCAAGAUCAGAUUCCCCUCCCCCGUAUGACUCCCUCAUAGUAAAUGGGAUGGACAAAUAUGGGGCACAACGAAGGGACCCAUCCAUUCCUCCUUAUUUAUCCGCUACGGAUUCGAAUACAAAUCAUCCUUCAGCUCCACCACUAACAGGCGAACAACCUCAAAACAGAGCAUGGAAUUGUUCUCCUCAGUUGCCAUCAGCUUCACCACAUAGUGGAGAACCACGUCAAAAUGGAGCAUACAAUGUUCCUCAUCAAGAGCCAUCAGUAUCACCACAUUGUGAAGAACCGCCUCAAAAUGGAGCAUACAAUGUCCAGUAUAGCGUUGAAGAGAGCGAAAACAGACACACACAUAGAACACCAGGUUUCUCAACUAGUAAUAACAAUGAAACAAGUCAGAUUCCACCUCACGCUGCAACAGAUUUUUCAGAGUUGCCUCCACCUCCAUCAUAUGAAAUGGUCGUAUCUGCGGAUAGCCCUUAUUUGACGAGUGACAGUAAUUAUCGCACAGACACAAGCAUUAAUGCUGCAUCUAGUCACUAAUCAUGUCAUGUGUGUCGUCAAUUUAAGUAUUUCAUACACUAUCAUUGAAUACUAAAUUACAUGAUGUUAUGAGUGCAAUGUUUGAACUGUAUGUAAUAUCUAUAGAAUAAUAAGAACUUAAUACAUGUAUUCAAUGAUUCAAAUGAUUCAAAUUUGUUUAUUUUUUUAUUUUAAAUGAUAACAAGAAACGCUGCAAACUAUUAGCGUUUCAAUUUAACGUUAAAAUGUUCUGUCGUCAUAACCAUAUUGCAGAGUGUUUUCUUUCUUUUUGUUUAUGCAUCAACUUUCAUAUCUGAAAGGUUUCCAGUAGGCAGUGCUCUUACCAUGUACUAUAGUAUCGUCGGGAUAAUCUACAACGAUAGGUCAAUAUACGCACGCUACUUACUUAACAAUGAACCUGCUAAUACAAUGAAAAAGCAACAGUUUCUUCCUAGCAAUUUCAAAUAUAAAGUACACAAUAGCAAAACUAAUUAUCAGACAGAUGCGUAAAGUUAGUAAAAUGUUUGUUUUGUUAAGUGUUAACCUUAUAGGUUAUUGCAUUUCUUUUAUUUUUAUUAAUUAUUAUGUUCCUGUUUUAUCACUUAUUUAAGGAUUAAAAUUCAUGUCGGGGUCAUUCAUGCGAUCUUUAAUGCCCCGCUCAAAAUGGCAAUUCCCGUGAAGAGCGUGAAUUUCAAUUCUUAUAUUUACAAGUGUUUUGCACACUUAUUGUAAUACAUUUUUUUCUCAAAAUCAUUAAAAAAAGGCUUCCAUUUUUCAUACGAAGAGGAACUACGCGUCACUGUACCAAUGAAUGGAACAGCAAAGUACCGCCCCUUUUUUAACCGUUUCACACGAAUGCAAUUUUAUCAUUACGCAGAAAAUAGUUCUGUUAUUUUGUCUCGUAUUUUUAACUUUAUUUUACCUUUAAAAACAAUUAAAAGGAAAUCUGCUUCACAUCUUUCAUUUAAUGACAGCUCAUGUUUUUUUAAAUUAUUUUUUUAAAGUUUUGACAUACUUUGGCUUUUACUAAAACUCGACAAGUCAUUGUGUGCUCGCACAAGGGAAAGAAAAUAAUUUAAAAAAUAAAAUGAAAUUAAACGAGUUUAUCCAAUUCAGGUUAGUAAAACAUUCAUUGUAUGUUGAUAUUAUGCGUUACCUUAUUAGAUUUCAAGACUCCAACUGUUAAUCUUUUGUAUGUUAACUAAAGUAUAUAAAUUAUAAAGUUUAACUGCACUUCAGUUGUAUUCCCGUCACCUUCAAGCUUCACGACGAUGAGUAAACUUACUUUCAAAUUAAAUAUAGUUUUUGAGAGUAAGCCAAGUCGGAAAAAAGCAACAACAUUGUGCUGCCAAUUCGUUUUUCCAUCAUUUCCAUUCAUUUGUUUGAAAAUUUCACAAGUCUAUCCGAAUUUGUUCAGAACGAAUCACUGACACUCUUUCUUUUCAUGUUUUGAAUUUCACAAUUCAGUUUAAUUACAGUGAACUCGUAUCAAGUAGAACAACUUCCUGUUCUAAAAUUAACAAAUACCUUGUAUUCUUGAUGUCGAAAUAUAUUAACAGUGUACAAAAUUUAAGGAAAUACAAAUUUGCCGCUUU